AUGUCGUACGGUGGCGGCUACUCGCGCGGCGGCGGCGGUGGUGAUUCCUACCGCUCUCGCGGAGGUGACAACGGCUACUCCAACGGUGGCUCUGGCGGCUACAGCGGUGGCGGCGGUGGUUACGGCGGCGGCGGCGGCGGUGGUGGUGGUUACGGCGGUGGCCGUGGAGGUGGUGGUGGCUACGGCGGCGGUGGUGGUUACGGCGGCGGCGGCGGUGGCUAUGGCGGUGGUGCCGGUGGUGGUGACCGCAUGUCCAACCUCGGCGCUGGCCUGAAGACUCAGGACUGGGAUAUCAACACUAUGCCCAAGUUCGAGAAGUCGUUCUACAAGGAGCACCCCGAUGUCACUGCUCGCUCAGAGGAGGAGGUCCAGGCUUUCCGCAAGGAGAAGACCAUGACUAUCCAGGGUACGGACGUGCCCCGUCCCGUUCAGACCUUCGAUGAGGCUGGUUUCCCUCAGUACGUUCUGUCUGAGGUCAAGGCCCAGGGUUUCGAAGCCCCCACUGCUAUUCAGGCCCAGGGCUGGCCUAUGGCCCUGUCCGGUCGCGAUGUUGUUGGUAUUGCCGAGACUGGUUCCGGAAAGACUCUCAGCUACUGUCUCCCCGCUAUUGUUCACAUCAACGCCCAGCCCCUCCUCGCCCCUGGUGAUGGUCCCAUUGUUCUUGUUUUGGCUCCUACUCGUGAGUUGGCCGUUCAGAUUCAGGCUGAGAUCACCAAGUUCGGAAAGUCCUCCCGCAUUCGCAACACCUGUGUCUACGGUGGUGUCCCCAAGGGUCCUCAGAUCCGUGACUUGUCUCGCGGUGUCGAGGUUUGCAUUGCCACUCCCGGUCGUCUGAUUGAUAUGCUUGAGGCUGGCCGCACCAACCUUCGUCGUGUUACCUACCUCGUUCUUGAUGAGGCUGAUCGCAUGCUUGACAUGGGUUUCGAGCCCCAAAUUCGCAAGAUUAUUGGCCAGAUUCGCCCUGAUCGUCAGACUUGCAUGUGGUCCGCUACCUGGCCCAAGGAAGUCCGUCAGCUCGCUUCUGAUUUCCUUAACGAUUACAUUCAAGUCAACGUCGGUUCUACCGAUCUCUCUGCCAACCACCGCAUCACCCAGAUCGUUGAGGUUGUCUCCGACUUCGAGAAGCGCGACAAGAUGAUCAAGCACCUCGAGAAGAUCAUGGAAGACCGCUCCAACAAGUGCAUCAUUUUCACCGGUACCAAGCGUGUCGCAGACGAAAUUACCCGAUUCCUUCGCCAGGAUGGCUGGCCUGCGCUUUCCAUCCACGGUGACAAGCAGCAAAACGAGCGUGAUUGGGUCUUGAACGAGUUCAAGACGGGCAAGAGCCCCAUCAUGGUGGCCACUGAUGUGGCUUCCCGUGGUAUUGAUGUGCGCGAUAUUACUCAUGUGCUCAACUAUGAUUACCCCAACAACUCGGAGGACUAUGUCCACCGUAUUGGUCGUACUGCUCGUGCCGGUGCCAAGGGUACUGCCAUUACCUUCUUCACCACUGACAACUCUAAGCAGGCUCGUGACUUGGUCACCAUCCUCACUGAGGCUAAGCAACAGGUCGAUCCCCGUCUUGCCGAGAUGGUUCGCUACGGCGGCGGCGGCGGUGGUGGUCGCUGGGGUGGUCGUGGCCGCGGUGGUGGCCGUGGCGGCUGGGGUCGUGGCGGCGGCGGCGGUGGUGGUUUCACUGCUUCUAACUCUGCUCCUGUUGGCGGCAACCGUCGCUGGUAG